AUGCAGCAACUACUUUUACUCACCGUUUUGAUUGGACUUUCAAUUUGUGCAGUCAUCCCACGUCCAACAAUUAACGAAACUCAUUUCAAAGAUGCUAUUGAUCGCGAAAUUAUGGAAGCUUUGAGAUCGAUUGAUGAAGCAAAGAAAAACAUCGAGUUAGUUGAUUUUUUCUGAAAUUUCGUGUUGAAAAAAGUCUGAAAAUUUUUCAGAAACUCAAAAAACACUGUUCGUCAUGAGCUGGAAAAAUCGGAGAUUGAAAAUACAACAUUUUCGAUUGGAAAUGAAAUGAGAUGGUUGUUCGAUUCAAUGAUGAACGCUGUUCAUGAUGUUCAUGUUCCAUUUAUGACAAGAUCAAUUGAAAAUGGUAAAUAUUAAAAAAAAACAUGAGAGAAAAUUAUAUAAUUAUCAUCAUUUUUUAUAGAAACUGUUCUUCCAACAACAACAACUUCAAUGCCAGAUAAUUCUUCAUUGGUUCAUGGUUAGUUGAAGCUUCUUCACGGGUUCUUUGAAAAACAAUGAAAAUUUUUUAAAGAUUUCAUGGAGAAGACUCGCGAAGAAAUGAAGAAGGAUAUUGAUUUGCUUCGUGAAUAUUAUGAUGAUAUUCGAGUGGAAUUCGACGAAUGGGUGGUAAGAAAUUUUUGGUUUUUGAAAUGACAUUUUCAUGUUUUUUGAGCAAAUGAGUUGAAAUAUUGGGUUUUAUUGUUAUUCAUAUCAUAGAAUGGUCUAAGACGAACAGAUUGAUAUAAAUUUUGAUGACUUUACGUUAUCCAUAAGUGAUUUAGCGACGUUAUCGACUAAAUAACGACUAAACGUCGCUAAAUCACUUAUGGAAAACGUAAAGUUUUAGACCAUUCUAUCAUAUGAAUAAAAUUAAAACUCAAUAUUUCAGCUUAAAAAACUUGAAAAUGUCAUUUAG